CUCCCCUCAGUUCCUUUCCAACACAAAACCCUCCGACGUUUUCUCUUCUCCGCCUUCUCUCCACGGCCGGCCGCCACCUCUUCCCUCCGUCUCUCUUGUCUAGAAGGCCAGAAUGAUAAAGAGGCAAUUCUAUAAAUUUGAACAUGGUGAUGGAGAUGAUGCCUCAGAUUCUUCUUCAUCAUCGGACUCGGAACUUGAAGCACAAGCCACUGAAGAAUCAGAAGAAGAUGUUGUUGAAGAGCAAGAAAAUGAUGAAGCUCACUCCAGCCCAUCUGGAUACAAGAGGGAGGAUAGCUCUGGCGAUGAAGUUGAUUUUGACACUGCAGGUGUUGUAAAUGAAGAUGAUAAUGAAACUGGAGAUGACCAAGAGACAUUUGCUGAUCAUCAGUCACCCAGUAAACAUAGUGAUGAAAUACCAAACGAAAAACUUAGUACUGCAGUCAAAAUGGAAUCGUUACCAGAUGAUUUCCCAUCCUGUAUACUGAAAUGUAAAUCUGUUUUUAAGUGCAAGAUUUGCCCCAGGAUUGUCUGCUUGAAUGAAGAUACUAUGAGGGCUCAUCUAAAAUCCAAGAGGCAUGCACGAUCUGAGAAAUUACACAAGGAAGGUAGGCUGAAGGCUAUUCUCAACAGUGAUGGGGAAAUUGAGAAUCAGGAGAUUGCUGCAGAGACACAAGCUCCACUUACUGCUGUUGUUAAGGAUAAACAGAAGAAGAAAAAGAAGCAAAAGGGAUGGCACCAACGAAAGGGUUCAAGAAUGAAGAGAAUGAGAGAGGAAAAGAAUCCAUCAAAAGAUGGAGCUAAGAAGAGGCACACAAAUGAGGAUUGAAGGCUGUUCUGCAAGCAAGAAUAGAGCGUUGAGUGAUAUACCAUUUAGAUUGCCUUCCAGUUCUGUAAGCUUAAGUCAAAUGUCAUUGGAAAAUUUUGUGUCUGUGAAAUUUGAACCUCCAUCCGGAGGGCACUGAAUUUUGGGUUAUUGAAUUAGAUUUAGUCUUGAAAGUAUUAAGAUUCUUAGUUGCUCUUUUGCAAACAAGGGAGCACCAGCUGCUUGCAUCCAAAUGUAAUUUUCUGGUUAAACGCUAAAUGAUUGCAAAAGAUUAAAGACUAUAACCAAAU